AUGAAAAGAAGCAAAACCGGAAACCAGGUGGCUUGGAAUGCUUCACGAGUUCCUCAUAGAGGAACACGCUGGUGCACGUUCGCUUUCGGGACGCGUUUGCCUUGGCUUACCCCGUGGCAGGCGUUCACGCAGAGAGGUAGCCACUUGGGCACGGCGCGGAGGUGCCGACGCCCCACUGCGAGUCGCUCGCAACCAGCAUACAGUCGCACUCGAACACUUGUGCUGCAAGCGCGAGGUUCAGAGCCCGAGUCAACAGCAGCGUCGGGUCUGUCAGAACGAACCGAAAACACUGACGCACUGCCGGAAAAACGGGUGCUUGUGCAACAGUGGAGCGGUACUAGUCGUCGACGCAUUGAAACUUAUUGUGAUUACGAAGGAAAGCUGAGCGUUCAACGCCAGAUUUCUGGCCCGCAAGUGAGGCACGGCCUCCAGUUCAGCACGGAGCCGCUUCAACGACUGCUUGCAUCGGUGUUUUUGCCUACGAACUAUCCGCACUCCGUUACCGCUAGCUAUGCACCGUAUGCGUUUUGGCACUUUCUGCAUAAUACGCUCACGGCCUGUAAUAGCGUGCUGGGCACCACCGCGUUGCUGGUAUCGGCAGGGGUGGUCGCUGACCCGUCUCGUGCAGCGAGCACAGCGCUGACCCGAGACCCAGCACUGGAACACCUACCGACUGCUGCGAGUGCCUCCGCGGUAACCUCGUGGAUCCUCAAAGACGGUGUUGGGCAUCUUGUUCGACUUGCAUUUGGCUCUCGAUAUGCCCAUCGCUUUGAUGGAGACCUCAAACGGUUGCGCGUCCUGGCGGAUGUGCUCUGGCAUCUCGGAACCGGCCUCGAACUGGUAUCACGGAGCUUCCCGGAUUCGUUUAUCGGUCUGGCUUCGGGUGCCUAUGCGCUCAAGGGUAUGGCACAUGUCGUUUUCAAUUCCACACGGAGCACCAUCUACCGGACCGUUGCGACGCGGUCGAAUAUCGGUGAUGUCACCGCGAAGGGCGAUGCCCAGUCGAUUGCCGCGGAACUCCUGGGUAUGUCCAUCGGACUCUCUCUUUAUCGCGGUUUCGCAGAGAAUAAUCUCUUCUGGACAUGGGCAAUCUUCGGAAUUGUCGUUGCCGGACAGAUGUACAGUCGGAUCCAGUCGAUGCGGGUACUCGUCUUACCCCUGCUGAACUUGCAGCGUGCAGUGCUGCUCGUCGACGCGUACGUCGCAAGUCGUCUAGCCGCCGCAGCGACAGCGAGCGAAGCCAUCAGGCCCAUACGCAAGCAAGAAUACGUGUCGAAUGUCCGUGAAAACGGCACCAUGAAGACGUUACUUGUCCUUAGUCCGGAGGAGGUUGCCCAGCGAGAGCGCUUCCUGCACUGGCAAAGUCACUGGUCGACGGUACCUCAGGUCGUUCCAGAUGUGCGCAUGCACUGGUUCAGCGAGUCUGCAUCAGAUGUAGGAACGCUCCUGCGUGUUUUUGAGACGGAAGCAUUUGUCGUUGGGCGUUGUCGACGCCAGCAUCCCGCGCAGUCCAAGGAACAAGUCGGUUUUGUGAUGAAAACCGGAGCCGGUGCGCGUGAAGCCCUACGCGCGCUCAUUGCCGCGAUCUUCCUGGUGAGGCAGCCGCAGGCCACCGAGCGAGAUGCGCUUCUCUUCAGCAGACUGGAGCUGACCGAGGACUUCUUUCGUGAAGCAGCUUCGCGAGGUUGGCAGCUGGACUGCGUCCACGGGGUGGGUCAGCGGAACCGCCUGCUGUGCAACGCUGUGGAGCCGAGCGACACGGUUCGCCACUUUAUUCCAUUUGACGAGAUGCCUGGGCACUAA